AUGACACAACAAAAAAUUGAUGAUCUAUUUUCUCUAUCAUCAUCAUCAUCGACUCGUUCAAGUAAACGUUCUCGUAUAAAUCAAAUAAUACCUAGAAAUAAUCGUGAUGAAUUUGAUGAUUUAUUUGAAACAAAUACUCCAACAAAACGUCGAUGUACAAAUAAUAAUAAUAAACAAUUAACAGAUGUUUUUGAUUUUAAUGAACCAUCAACAUCAACAACUAGUACAAUAAAAAAAAAUGAUAAUAAAAAUUUAAUAGAAUCACGUAAAAUUAAACGUAAUAUUAUUGAUGUUGAUAAUGAAAAUAAAGCUAUAGAUGAAUUAUUUAAUAAUGAUACACGAAAAAAAAUUCGUCGUCAAAUAAAACAUGAAGAAUCAACUGAUUUAUUAGAUAUGUUUAAAACUAAAACAACUACAAAUAUUUCUCAAACAAUAUCAUCAAAUAUUGAUGAUUUUAAAAUACCAAUUCAUUCAAAAAAUUUAAUAACACAAAAAAAGAAAAUUAAAAUGUUUUUUGAUGAUAGUGAUCUUAUAUCAUUACGUGAACAAGUUAAACAACAAAAUGAUAUUAAAGAUUAUGUUCAAGUCAAACCUGUAUUGGUUACCGGUGGAGAAUGGUUAUCAAAAGAAACUGAGACAAAAACGACAUGUAAAACUAUCGAACCAUCGAAUAAUCCAACUACUAGUAACGAUAUUCCGGAUGAUCAACGUAAUCUAAUGCAUAUACAAUAUGUUCCACUUAUUAUGGAUGAUCAAUAUGGUUCUAGUAAUAAAAAAUCGAAAAAUUCGAAAAAUAAAACUGUAAUAGAGAAAUCAAAUAAAAAAAUUCUUGAUGGAAAAUCAUUUCAUAAACAACUUGUUCUAUCUGAUUCAACAAUUGUACGAAAAGAAAAUCUUCAAAGUUGUUAUAAUGCACUUCUCGAAGAUCUUAAUAAACCACGUAUACCAUCUACAUCAUCAUCAUCAUCAAAUAAACAAAAAAAAUCUACAACAUCAAAAAAUUCUCAUAAUAAUGAAAUUAUUCUAAGUGAUGAAGAACAAAUAGAUAAUAUUGAUUUUUUUGAUUUACCAACACGAAAAAAGAAAUUUUGA